AUGAGCCGCAGGUGGACUUUACCAAUAUAUAAGAUCGUCGUCUUGGGCGACGGCGCGGUCGGUAAGACCUGUCUCACCACAAGACUAUGCUUACAAUCAUUCGUCGACACGUAUGAUCCCACGCUGGAAGACAGUUAUCGCAAGCAAUGCGUCAUAGACCAACAGUCCUGCAUCCUUGAGGUCCUGGACACGGCGGGCCAGGAAGAAUACACAGCCUUGCGGGAACAAUGGAUACGCGACGGCGACGUGUAUCUGCUGGUAUACAGCAUAUCUUCUCGUUCGACCUUUGAAGGCAUUCGAAAGUUCUACCAGCAGAUUCUACAGGUCAAGAGAUGGUCAGACCAUGUGGAUUUGCCUAUCGUCUUGGUCGCAAACAAAUGCGACCUGCCCACACAGCGGAUCGUGUCGACGCAAGAAGGCGAAGCCAUGGCCAGGGAACUCAAGAUAGGGUUUUUGGAGACUUCCGCUAAGGAGGGUUUGAACGUUGAGAAAGCCUUCUAUGAAUCCGUGAGGCGGUAUCGGAGGAAGCACGAGGAGGAGAACCAUGCGGAUGGGACAGAGCGAAAAAACUCCAAGUCGAACAAUCCGAAGAGGACGACCAUCUUCAGGUUCAGCCAUUCUGGAUUUCAUAAUUCAAGUGUGCCCGCAGAAUCCAGAAGAUCAGUACAAUGCCCAUAG